AUGCGAUCCGGGAGCCCCAAAGGGCAAAGGACACCACCUCCUAGGGAGCUGGACGUCUGCUGCUGUGCCAAGCAAAGGUGCUGGGGAGGGAGCCUUUGCAAACCUUCCGCUAAGGAAAAUGCUGCCAACUGGGAGGACAAGCGAGGGCUGGCAGGUCCCCCAAAGGGCAUCGCCUUCCCACAUCAGGAGAAAGAGCAAGACUGGAGGCAGCUGGAGCCACGUCUCCGGGAAACCCAGGAGGACAUGACAGCGCUGGUGAGACUCACAUUCCAGCCGUUCCUUUUGACAUUUUUGCUUUGUAUCUGA